UGUUAUAUUUCCACCCAAUUCAGGUGGCUACAAAUGGAAAGCUCUAGCGAUUGCUCAAUAUCAGUAGUAGAUUAAAGCCUCAACCAUGUUCAUAUACGCAACGUUUUUGGCUCUUCUGAGUGCAUGUCCAGAGCAGGGAAUGGCCGAAGACAAUUCCAAAUUGUUUGUAGACUUCACCAUUCUGCAAGAAAGUUGCCUGUUCCGACCCGUUUAUGGCCGGUGCGAGGAAAACAUAAAGGUCUUUGGCUACGAUUUUGAGAACAAUGUCUGUGUGGAGUUUUUCUACAGCGGCUGCGCUGGCAAUACCAAUCGCUUCAGCUCUGUUGAGGAGUGUGAGAAACUAUGCCUUGUGACCGAUGAGAACGAGAUCAAAAACGUCAGAGACAGGGACCCCUACCCGCCGAAUCAUCGAGACACAACGGAAUGGCCGCAUGAUUAAUUUGGAAAUGUUACAAAUAAAAUAUACUAGCCUCUUUCCAAGUCAAA